AUGAGCAAUAAAGUUCCAUAAAAUGGGAUUUAAGUUGUAGCUAGAUACUCAAGAAAUACAGAUGAAACAGAAGUAAAGAGAAUCUCCUUAAAUGAUGAAAUUAAUAAGUAUGAAGAGUUUUCAUAUUAAUUUGACUACUAUUAAGAAAAUUUGAAUUAAAAUGAUCAUGAAGUUCCUGAAUAGUAUCAACAAUAAAUCUUCGAUCCUUAGACUAAAAUUUGA